GCUUGAACCUUCUAUAUUUAGGACAAUACUCCUGCCUCAGUUUCAGCAUAGGAGUAAAGACAACACUUGUUUCUUACAUUUUUCUGUCAGAGGAGAAAGAGCUAAGAGGUGCAAGAAAAAUGGACAUGGAGGCAAGGAGACAUGAUACCAAGGGAGAGAGCGUGUGUGUGGUGAGUGAAGAGGUUACAGUUGAUUGGAGAGGCAAGCCCUCCAAUCCCAACAAGCAUGGUGGCAUGAGAGCAGCGGCAUUUGUUCUUGGGCUUCAAGCAUUUGAAAUAAUGGCAAUAGCUGCUGUCGGGAACAACCUCAUAACAUAUGUGAUAAAUGAGAUGCACUUCUCUUUGUCAAAGUCUGCAAACAUAGUGACAAACUUUGUUGGAACUAUCUUUAUCCUGGCCCUCCUUGGUGGUUACCUCUCAGACUCUUAUCUUGGGUGCUUCUGGACCAUGCUCAUCUUUGGUUUCGUGGAACUUUCUGGUUUCAUAUUACUAUCAGUUCAAGCUCAUCUUCCCCAACUAAAGCCACCCCAGUGUAACAUGUUAACUGGUGGAGAAAACUGUAUAGAAGCUAAAGGAUUCAAGACCUUGAUCUUUUUUGUAGCCCUGUACAUGGUGGCAUUGGGGAGUGGGUGCGUUAAACCCAACAUGAUUGCUCAUGGGGGUGAUCAGUUCAAUCAAAGUAAUCCAAAGCAAUCCAAGAAGCUCUCUACCUACUUCAAUGCUGCCUAUUUUGCUUUCUCCAUGGGUGAACUUUUUGCUCUAACACUUCUAGUAUGGGUUCAAACAAAUUCUGGCAUGGAUGUUGGCUUCGGAGUCUCUGCAGCUGUCAUGGCAAUGGGAUUGAUCAGCUUGGUUUCCGGUACUCUAUAUUACAGGAACAAAGCCCCUCAAGGAAGCAUUUUCACCCCCAUAGCUCAGGUUUUUGUGGCUGCCAUGUUCAAGAGAAAGCAAACCUGUCCCGCUAAUCCGCAGAUGCUUCAUGGAAGCCAAAACAGCGUGCCGAGUAAUGGCCUGGUAGACCCAUCUUCUGACCCUUGCAGGCUAGUUCAUACACAAAGGUUCAGGUUCUUGGACAAGGCGUGCAUCAAAGUUGAAGAUGGAAGCAAUAGGAAGGAGAGUCCAUGGAGAUUAUGCAGUGUCACUCAAGUGGAGCAAGUGAAGAUACUGAUCUCAGCCAUUCCCAUUUUUGCUUGCACCAUAGUUUUCAACACCAUCUUAGCUCAACUCCAGACAUUCUCAGUCCAACAAGGGAGUGCCAUGGACACCCAACUUACCAAAUCCUUCCACAUCCCUCCAGCUUCACUUCAAUCCAUCCCUUACAUCAUACUCAUCUUUGUAGUCCCUCUAUAUGAAACUUUCUUUGUACCUUUUGCAAGAAAAAUCACUGGUCAUGAAUCAGGAAUAUCGCCUUUGCAAAGGAUAGGAGCUGGCCUCUUUUUUGUUACCUUUUCCAUGGUUUCUGCUGCCAUUAUGGAGAAGAAGAGAAGGGAUGCGGCUGUAGAUUCAAACAAGAUAUUGUCCAUCUUUUGGAUCACCCCACAGUUUCUAAUAUUUGGAUUGUCAGAAAUGCUCACUGCUGUUGGUCUCAUCGAGUUCUUUUACAAACAGUCUUUAAAAGGGAUGCAAGCAUUCUUAACAGCUAUCACAUAUUGCUCCUACUCGUUUGGUUUUUACUUGAGCUCCUUGCUAGUUUCUUUGGUGAACAAGGUCACCUCCUCAAGCUCUACAAAUAAAGGCUGGCUUAGUGACAAUGAUCUCAACAAAGACAGGCUAGAUCUUUUCUACUGGAUGCUAGCAGUCCUUGGCUUCCUCAACUUCCUCAACUAUCUAUUCUGGGCUAGAUGGUAUUCUUACAGUCCAACAUCUGUAUCCAUCACAACACAACAAGGUACCCAUGGUGACGACUAUGGCUUCACCAACUCUUCAAAACAUGUUGGGGAUGAGAGCAUCCCUUAGCUGAUUUUUAUACCACUCCUUGAUCAAAAGAAUAUGCUUUCAUCGCACUACAUAUUAUAUAGGCUUGUAAUAUAGGCACAGGAAUAUAAAAAUGUUAAGGGAUCAUCUCCCUUUAUCAUUAGCCCUUCUGUUUUUUACCUUCUCCUUUCUUUCCUUCCAGCCUCGCUGCAGGAAGUAGGCUCCCUCUAGAGGGAGUUUUGUAAAAUGAAGUGAAAAAAUAGGGAACCAAUCUAUAAUUAGAAUAAUGCUAUAAAGGCAGCUUGUGUUGAGCAUCAA